UUUCGCGCAGUGUUGAAGUUAACCUGUUGGGAAGUGAAUGUGCAGCUGCUGUUGGUAGCAUUUUUUUCACGUGCAUUGUAUUCGCUAGGCGUGAGUUUUUCUACCUAAUUGGUAAAUGAGUUUGUGGUUCGACCCCAUCAAACAAGGAAAUAAUUACGAGGAUAUAAAAUAAAUGCUGCAUUCCUCCAGAGGACAACAUAAACUCAAAGCAACAUGACUUACGAUUGUGGCUCGUGCUUCGCAAAAUAUAUACUAUGCUGUUUCAACUUUGUAAUUUUUCUCGCUGGAUCGUUGGUUCUAGGUAUUGGAACUUGGUUAGCAGUCGACAAGAAUUCUUUUAUUGGAUUAAGCAAAGUUGUGCCAAAUGAAAAUAUACAGCAAUUCACUCAAACCGGAGUGAUUGAACAGAUGUCGUACGUUCUUAUUGCCAUAGGCGCUUUUAUGUUUAUCGUCAGCUUUUUGGGUUACUGCGGAGCGUUAAGAGAAAGUCAAUGCAUGUUGAGCACGUAUGGAAUUUUACUGCUCAUUAUAUUAAUUUUGGAAAUUACAGCUGGUGGACUCGCCAUUAUAUAUAAAACAAAGGCCGAAGAAGAGACCAGAAACUUGCUGAAAACGACGAUCACCAAGUACUACAGCGGCGCCGAGAACGGCAACGCUGUCACGCUGUCGUGGGACCAUUUGCAGGCGAAUUUGCAGUGUUGCGGCGUGGACGGCUACACCGACUACCAGGCCAACUCGGCGUGGGCGCGGCAGAGCAAAGUCGUGCCGGAGUCGUGUUGCGUGCUCGAACCGGGACGCGACCCUCUGGUGCUGAAACCGCUAGCCUCCACCUGCACGUCCAGUCCGAAUGACGUCAAUUCGUACUACAAGAAGGGUUGCUACACAGCACUGGUCAACAUGAUAAUGACCCAUCUUAACACUGUGAUAUACGUUUGCAUAGGACUAGGGCUUGUCGAAGUGCUAGGCAUAUUUUUCGCUUUUUGUCUAUCGAAAUCCAUAAACGGUUAUGUUAAGUAAAUUUCGAACUUUUUUGAAUAAUGAGUACAUAACUUUUUUCUAGUCGCAAUGUUCAAAAUUUGUGUGUAAAUAUUUUUUGUUGACGUUGACGUUGACAAAAUGCAUGCGCAGAUUAUACUGUGACCAAUAAGGGUGUAUAUUAUGCCAUACAGAUAUUAGUAUAGUUAAUUUUUUUAAUCAGACAAAAUUAAUAAUACUCAUUCUAUUAGAAUAAGUUUCUAUUGUUAGGCAAUUAUUUAGUAACCUUCAGCAUAUG